CGGUCGCUGCCACUGAGGUGGUCAUGUUGGAUUGCGCCAUGGCCGUCGCGUUGCCGGCGGUCGUGGAAGAGCUCCUGAGCGAGAUGGCCGCGGCAGUGCAGGAGAGCGCGCGAAUUCCUGAUGAGCAUCUAUUAUCGCUUAAGUUUGUCUUUGGCUCAUCGGCUGUCCAGGCCUUGGACCUAGUUGAUCGACAGUCCAUCACCUUAAUCUCAUCACCCAGUGGAAGGCGUGUUUACCAGGUACUUGGAAGUUCUGGUAAAACAUACACAUGUUUAGCGUCUUGUCAUUACUGUUCAUGUCCUGCAUUUGCCUUCUCAGUGCUCCGGAAGAGUGACAGCCUACUGUGCAAGCAUCUCUUGGCAAUUUAUCUUAGUCAGGUUACGAGGACCUGUCAGCAGCUAAAUGUCUCUGACAAGCAAUUGACUGACAUAUUACUGACAGAGAAGAAACAAGAAGCAUAAAAGGUACAGAUUGAGCAUCAUUAUCUUUCAAAAUAGAAGUCUUAUCAAGAAAUGCAUUUAAUAUGUCAUGGUUCACAUGGAAGAGAGGUGAAAUGGAUCUUCCAAAGACUUAUUACUGUCUCUUUUCCCUCCUGGACUGCAGGAGGGGCUGUGGAUUGAAGCCAUGGAUUGUGGAAGGAGUGUGUAUGGUUAGAAGACCUGUACAGUCAUAAAAAACCUGAACCAGCCUCUGAGCCCCUUGGGUUAAAAAAUGUCUCUGGAUAGAAUCAAGCAUUUUAGAUUCAAAUAAAGCAGGUUUUCAUGUGUCUACAA